AUGGACGUUCAUGAGCAUGGAGUUUGUGUGGACAAGAAUAGUCGGGUUGUUCAAUGCAAUUACUGUGAGAAGAAAAUGACUACCUUUUAUCAUCUGAAACGUCACUUGGGUGGUGUAGGUGGAGAUGUAGCUCCCUGUGAACAAGUUAAAGAUUUUAUCAGAGAUACGUUUCGAAAGAUGGUUACAGAGGAAACUUGUGGUGUUAAUGGUGGAAGAAGCAAAAGUGUUUCUCCUGAGAAUGAUGAUAAACAUGAUUUGUUUGACAACAAAGGCCAAAACUGCAUUGGUCUUAAGAUCCCUGAUUCUCGUGAUUUAAAUGGAUGGAUGCUUCAAGAAGCCUUGAAGGAUGUGCAAGAUCAUGUGAAGAAGGUUAAAGAUUCGUGGGAGGUCACAGGUUGCAGCAUUUUGUUGGAUGCUUGGGUUGAUCAGGGAGGUCGUGAUCUGGUUGCUUUUGUUGCGGAUUGUCCAGGUGGUCCUGUGUAUCUGAAAUCUUUUGAUGUCUCAGAUAUAAAGAGCGAUAGCAAUGCCUUGAUAUCGCUAGUAGAUGGACUUAUCGAUGAAGUUGGAAUGCAUAACGUGAUUCAGAUUAUUGCGUGUUCAGCUUCUGGUUGGGUUGGUGAAUUAGGCAAGCAUUUUGCAGGUAACAGGAAGGGAAUUUUCUGGUCUGUGAGUGUUUCUCACUGCUUUGAGCUUAUGCUUGUGAAGAUUGGGAAAAUGUAUUUCAUUGGAGACAUUGUUGACAAGAUCAGUAAGAUUACAGAGUUUAUCAACAACAAUAAGAUUACUGAGUUCAUCAAAGCUCACAGUCAUGGAGUAGACAUGACUGUUUUCUCCUCCGAGUUUGAGUUUGUUUCGCCAUAUCUAACUCUAGAGAGUGUUUUCAAGUCGAAGAACGAAUUGGCAGAGAUGUUUGCUUCACCUGAUUUGAACAAAGAAGAAGACAUAACAAUAUCCAAAUUGGUGAAGGAUUCCUCAUUUUGGGAAACUGUUGAGAGAGUUGUGAAAUGCACAUCGCUUCUGAUUCGCGGUCUACACUUGUUUAUCACCACCAACAAUCAGCAUGUCGGAUAUAUCUAUGACACUAUGGACAGCAUAAAGGAGAGUAUCGCGGGAGAAUUCAAUGGCAAUAAGUUAUGUUACAUGCCAUUAUGGGAUGUGAUAGACGAUGUAUGGAACGAGCACCUUCACAUUCCUCUUCAUGCUGCCGGUUACUUUCUUAACCCGACAGCCUUCUACUCGAGUGAUUUCCUUCUUGAUCCAGAAGUUGCCACCUGCGUUACCGCCUCUCUGGUUCAUUUGGUAAAAGAAUGUCCUAUUCAACUUAAAGUUGCUUCACAGCUUGAUAUGUACAGACUCGGUCAAGAUUGCUUCAACGAGGCCAGUCAAGCUGAUCAGAUCUCUGGAGUUUCUCCAGCUGAGUGGUGGUCUCAGAAAGCGAACGAGUACCCGGAACUGCAGAGUUUCGCAGUUAAAAUUCUGAGCCAAACAUGUGAAGGUGCUUCAAGGUAUAAGCUGAAGAGAAGUUUUGCAGAGAAACUACUGUUCACUGAAGAAAUGAGCCAUUAUGAACAAUAUCAUCUUGAAGAGUUGGCAUUUGUCCACUACAAUCUCCAUCUGCAAAGCUACAAAGCCAAAGUAAAGGAAGAACAUUGA